GAAAUUCAUUACUACUCCACCAAGAAGCCCCCGUAAGAGCGGUCAUCCUGGACACAGAAGUGUAGGACUGGAGUCUGCAGAGCACUGUGCAAGAAUUCUGACCUGGAUGGGGUAAACCUCGGUGCUCUUCCUUCCCACUGACUCAGUGUUACUGAACUGAAGGAUGGCUUCUUGUUAGAAGGCGCCUUUAAUUUCCCGUUAGUCCCAAUUUCAUAUCCAGAGCAUUGAGAAUUCUGAGUGGGGCAUAUUGAAGUAGACUUCAGUUCCUUUACAUCAUUUCUGCAUUCAAGAAUUUAAUUUUUUCUUUCGUAACCGUAUAGUGGUUUUGUUUGUUUGUUUUGUUUUUAAACUAAACUAACAUGGCUCCACUGAAUCGCCCAGCCCCUGUGGAAGUCACAUACAGGAACAUGAGAUUUCUUAUUGCACACAAUCCAACCACUGCAACCUUAAACCAAUUUAUAGAAGACCUUAAGAAAUACGGAGUAUGUGAAGCAACUUAUGACACUGCUCUUGUGGAGAAAGAAGGCAUCCAGGUUCUGGAUUGGCCCUUUGAUGACGGUUCAUCACCGUCUAACCAGAUUGUUGAUGACUGGUUAAGUCUUGUAAACAUUAAAUUUCGUGAAGAACCUGGUUGUUGCAUUGCUGUUCAUUGUGUUGCAGGUCUUGGGAGAACUCCAGUGCUUGUUGCCCUAGCACUAAUUGAAGGUGGAAUGAAAAAUGAAGAUGCAGUACAAUUUAUAAGACAAAAGCGGCGUGGAGCUUUUAACAACAGCAAGCAACUUUUGUACUUGGAGAAAUAUCGUUCUAAAAUGAGGCUGCGCUUCAAAGACUCCAGUGGUCAUAGAAACAGCUGUUCCAUUCAAUAAACCUUGGCUGCUGUUGCCUUGGAAGUGGAACUUGAGACAGGACUUAAUUUAUCGUACGUAUUAGCCAACAUAUAGGCUUAAUGAAUGACAAGUCUAAUGGCGCUUCCAUAGGAAUACUGAAAAGCCACAAGCCUGACAGAAUUGCAGCCUCUCAGUUCGGCUUACUACUAUUCCCAUGCCAGAAACAAUAUGUAAGAACUUGAGAGAUUAGGUGCCAAAAUACUCAGCACAAUAUCUGUAUAUUUUUAGUACCAUACAGAAUUAAAAUCUUAGGAAUUAUGAACAGCACUAUUAAAUGUAUGUGGUUUAUUCCUUCAGUCAUCUUAAACAUUGCAAAUAGGACCCAUAUGGUUAUUUGUCUGCUUCCUUAUGUUUACUACCCUACACGUGUACCAGGAUACAUCAGGUUUGUGCAACAAUCGAUUUUGUUGGAUUCUUACCAAGACUUAUGGUGAUUAUUUAAUGUCUUCAUAUAAAUCUCACUUUGUGCUGUUAUGAAAACCUCCGUUUUGAAAAAAACA